AUGCUUUUUUUAAUUAUUUUCACAUUAUUAAUUAAUGUCUUAGCUCUAGUUAAUUUGACAAUAGAUGAGCAGUUCUCGGAGACUGAAACGGCUUUGAAAUUGUUACAAUCUCAAUAUCAAGUGAAUUAGACUGUUCGAAACGCAGCGUUCUAUUUUUAACCUUUCCAAGUAGAUUAAGAUAAAUAUUUAACAGUUGAAUUGACUUUUUUGUUUCCUUAUGAUGGAGAUGUGGAUUUAGAGUUUUCAAUUACAAAAAAUAAGGACGAUAACACUAGUUCUGAUAUUGAUAUAUUUUACGAUCUAAAUGCAUAAUAUUUGAGGAAGUAAUAUCAAAUAAUUCAAAUAAACCCAUUUACGUUUGAUAAGAAUGAUAAAUUCUACAUUGAUGUGAAAAUUAAAGAAACUAAUUUCAAAGAUUAUUUAUAUUUAUUAAAAAUAACUAAAACUUCAAACAAAAUUUGUCCAAAUUAUUGUGGAAACUCAUUAUUAGGACAGUGUGAUACAGAAAAUGGAAUUUGUUCAUGUUUUUCUGAAUAUGUAGAUUUAGAUUGCUCGAAAAAGGCUUCUCAAUUAACUAUGAAAGAACCCCUUCAAAAUAUCAAAAUAUAAAAAUAAGAAUAUUUCUAUUUCUAACGUGACUAACUAAAUUCUAACAUUACUUUGAAUUUUGGAUUAAUGAAUUCUUAAUAUGAAACUUCGGGUGUUGAGAUCUUUAUUAUGUAUGAGAACUUUGAACUAGGAGUACCAUGUGAAUAGUUUAGCAACUAUAACUUUUCUUUAAAAAAUAAAUCUUCUCACUCAGAGGUAAUAGAUCUUGCACCUUUGAUAUUCGACGAAAACCUAUAAAGAUAUCAAAGAUUAUUGAUCACCAUCAGUGCCUAAUACUCCGCUCUCAUUUAUCUCUAAGCAAGCAUAUCCACUUCUGAGAGUAACUUUGAUAUAGAUUCAAGCUUAAUUAUUGUAUACGUCCUAGUCUCAAUAGCAAUUGUGUUAUUAUUGACCUGGAUCAUUGUAAUUGUGAUUAGGUAUAGAAGAAGCUCAAGAGUUCAAAAUGUAGGCUAUAAUGUUUCUCAUCCUCAAAAUAACAACAAUAGAAGAAAUUUGUCUUCUUUGACUGCAAAUCUCGUAGAUCAUUACAUGCCAAAAUUAAAAUACUUUUAAAUCUUGGAAUUUCCAGAUUUCUAGGAUUUAGAUAUUUAGGAAACUUGCUCUGUUUGUUUACUAGAAUAUUAAAAGCAAGCCAUAUGUAGGUUUACUCCUUGUCAUCAUAUUUUUCAUGCAGACUGCUUGGAACAAUGGAUUAUGAAACAUGAAAACUGUCCUUUAUGUAGAACAGCCUUAGAUUAUAAAACCUUGAAAGAAUUACUCAAUUAAAAUAAUCUUACAGCCUUUAAGUAACAUCUAUAAAAGGAGAAACUUAAAAAGAAUAAUAUAGUUAUUUAAAGUCAUUUGUUCUCCAAUGCUCAGACUGAAUUGAGAAUGAUUCAUAAUUAAGCAGAAAAUCCCUGA